GCCACACGGUACAAAACGUAAAAUGCUUGUUUUGUAAAAUGUUGUGAAGAAAAAAAGUCUAAUUUGCAGUUUUAUUUAAUUAAAAUGCUUUCGUAGGCAAUUAAAUAAAAUUCAGUGUGUCCCCGUGAUUAGUGUAAAUUGUAGUCUAUUGAGAGGAGGUGUGAAAAGUGUUUGGUUUAUUGUGGAAAAUAAUGGGAGUGAGGUGAAAAUUCAGUAUUGCAGUCAUGUUUACACUUUUGCACGGUUUCUACAAGUAUAUGAAGCAAAAAGACGAGUACUGUGUGCUUAUUCUAGGUCUGGACAAUGCUGGAAAGACGACUUAUUUGGAGGGAGCGAAGACAAAGUUCACAAAAAACUACAAAGGGAUGAAUCCCAGUAAGAUAACCACAACAGUGGGAUUGAAUAUCGGCCAAAUUGACAUUCAGGGAAUACGUCUCAGCUUUUGGGAUCUCGGUGGUCAGGAGGAAUUGCAAUCACUCUGGGAUAAGUACUACCAAGAAUCACAUGCCGUCAUCUACAUAAUAGAUUCUCACGAUAGGGAUAGGAUGAAUGAGUCAAAGGAUGUUUUUGAUAAAAUGAUUUCAAAUGAUCAUCUCUCGGGGGUGCCCCUUUUGCUCUUGGCAAAUAAACAAGAUUUGCCGGAUUGCAUGGGAGUGAGGGAGAUUAAGCCUGUUUUCCAGCACUCGGGGCAUCUAAUUGGGCGACGAGAUUGUCUCGUUAUGCCCGUAUCGGCUUUAACCGGGGAGGGUGUUGACGAAGGUAUAAAGUGGCUCGUGGAGGUUAUCAAGAGAAACAGCGUUGUGAGACCAGCGCGAAGCACUGAUUAAUUAAUUUAUAUAAAAAAAAACUCCUCAUUGUUUUCCAUUCAUUUGUGUCUCCUUUUUGUACAGUAACUGAAGAAAAAAAGAAAAGAAAAAAUAUAAUAUUUUGUUGCUAAAUUCUAAAAA